GUUAGUGACAUUUUGAAGUGUUUAUGUAGCUGUGUCGGCGAGCUGACUUUCAUUACCAUUGGCUGCUGUGGAGGAGUAGAGGUGUUUUAGCAGUCAACUGGCAAUCAAAAGGGGCAGUCAAUCCGGAAUUUGUAGAUCGAAUUUGGAUCAAAUAUUAUUACAGCCCUGAAAUUUUUUAAGUGAAUUCCGGAUUAUUUUUAUUUAUUUUUAUUGAUUCCGUUCCACAAACAUCGAGGAUGAACUUGACUACGCUAGGAAGUUUAAUAUGUCUAGUGUACCUGACUAUUUUAGAGUUGUGUUGGGCCAAUAACUACCGACAUUACAACUAUCGUAUGCCGUCUUAUCUACAUUUACAGCCGUUACGGCAAUGUACUAAUACUUUCACAGAAUAUAAAAGCAAGUGGUGCUGGGACCAACAGCGGAAUAGGUGGUACACAAAACUUCAACCUGUCACUAAAAAAGUAUGCUGUCCCGGAUGGGAGGGGCCUAAAUGUGAUUCUAAAUGUUUUGAUUGUCGACAAUUCCACAAUUUAACGGAGAGGGUAACUACGUUAGAAAGGCGUUCAUCGAGUACGACGACUAUUGUUAACGGAACUGGUGUUAAGGGAGAGCGCGGAGAGCCUGGGAUAGCGGGAAGGACUGGACCUAGAGGGCCAGAGGGACCUACAGGACCACGGGGACCGAAAGGGGGAGAUGGAAUGCCAGGACCACCCGGAGUGUCUGGGUUGCCUGGCAGGAAAGGAGAUCCAGGAGUCCCAGGUUCAGCGGGAGCUGAUGGACUUCCUGGGGCUAAUGGCUUAAUAGGACGGAGGGGUGAGGUCGGCCCGAGGGGACGUGACGGACAGGACGGGGAAGAAGGACCCUCUGGAGAAAUGGGUCUCCCCGGCAUACAAGGACCACGUGGACCUCCGGGACCCCCGGGACCUCCAGGAACUGGCGGUGAAAGUAAUGGAAUUCCCGUCAAAGGUGAACCCGGUGAUCCUGGUCCGACGGGUCUCCCCGGACAGAAAGGAGAAAGGGGACCCAGGGGUAAUACUGGGAGAAACGGACUUGACGGCGCGACAGGAUUGACUGGAGAAAGGGGUCUGGACGGGCUUAUUGGUCCAAAAGGACAGAAAGGAGAUAUGGGACCUGCAGGUGAAAUUGGUCUACCCGGCUUCCCGGGACAAGAUGGGGCUAGGGGAUCGGCUGGUUCGCCCGGAAUAAACGGACAAAUGGGAGAAAGGGGACCCGUUGGGCCAGCUGGACCGCCAGGAUCAUCCGGACCACCAGGGCCCCCGGGGAAUGAUGGGAAUCCCGGUGUUUCUGGAGAACCAGGUGCCCCAGGAAGGGACGGUACUGAUGGGAGGAAUGGUCGAGACGGAGUGGAUGGAAGAAACGGGAUAGACGGACGAAAUGGAGAAAACGCAGAUAUGGAAAGGAUAAAGAUCCUAGAAAAGACUAUACAGGUCCUUAUAGCCAAUAUGACACGGUGUUGUAACCGAGUCGAAGUUUUAGAAAUAGACCUUGUAGGAAUAAAGGAAAAGAUAAACGAAUUAAAUAAAACAUUAAUUCUUCUCCCGCCCCAACCGGUCACCCCAGCGCCUACUACACCACGACCAGGUUGUUCAGCUAAUCAGUUCGCGUGUGCAGAUGGGACGAAAUGUAUUGGGGCUGAUUAUAAAUGUGAUGACAUCAUUGAUUGUCCGGACGGCUCGGACGAACGAAACUGCCCUGUCACAGUGAGAUGUCCAGAAGGUCAGUUCCUCUGUGAUACCAAACGAUGUAUAGCACCAUCAUUCCUAUGUGAUGGUACCAAUGAUUGCGUGGAUGGAUCUGACGAGGGAGAGGCAGCCAACUGUGGUCCCAAAUGUAAUCCGGACGAGUUCCGCUGUAACAGUGGGCAGUGUAUACCUGGUGCUUUCAAGUGUGACACCUACGGCGACUGUGACGACUCGUCGGACGAAUCCGAAGCCGUGUGUGGAACGAAACCAUCCCCAUGUUCCCCGUCACAAUUCCAGUGUAAUAAUAAGAAAUGCAUUGACAACACUUUGAUGUGCAAUGACGAUGACGAUUGUGGCGAUAAUUCCGACGAGGACUCGGAAAUGUGUGGUAUUGAAAUUGAAGGAACAGACGGCCCAGGGAGUGGUGAUGGCGAUGAUGACGACAGUAGACCACCUCGAGGGGAUAUCCCAUAAUUUCACCAAACCCGCAUGAUAUUUAUUACAUUCGACAGCUCUGGCAAUGUCAUCCUCUACUCCUGCCGACUGCAACUGUGACAAUCUACCACCACCUCCGCUUCCGCCACCGGGAAUUCUGGGAAAUAUGAGAGAAUCGUUGGAUAGCUUCGUUCAAUCAAUGCCUGAUCGUCCAUGCGCAAAGUGCCUUCCGGGAUUCCUUGAACGCAAUGAUAAGAUAUUUGUAGCUAAUCAACUUAAAAAUUCUAAAGUCGUAGUGGCGGAAGUGAAGAAUUCUAUGACAUCAGGUUUCCAUGAUAUACAUAACAAAAACGCGAUUAUUACAUUGACAGGGAUGUUCAUCUUCAGUAUCGUUUGAAAUUUCAAUAAAAAUAUUUGUCAUUUGUACUAAUACAGAUCGUUUUACUAAAAUUAUAAAUAUAUAUGUAGGCAUUCAUGUGAGUUUCUAUAUAACCAUAAUAAGGUGUUUACUAAUAGGGAUUUACAUAAUACUUAUGCUAUGCAAAUGUGUAAAUAUGUAGAUGUCAGCUACUGUACUUUGUGAUGAAAUAGAAUGUAAUAUUUUUGUACAAAAGAAAUCUAGAGUAAAAUAAAAGUGUUAGUAAUAUUUUACAAUGUGUAUGAAAUCCGCAUUUUACAAUGAAGUUUUAACGAUAAUGAUAUGUAAUUAACAAUCCCAAUUUUUUGUAUAUUUUCUUAAUAAACUCCUAUGAAGAUAUUAGAUAUGUAACCCCCGUAGAAACAACGAAGCUAUCAAACAUUUGCCAUUUUCCAAGCCUUAAGAAUAAUAGUACAUGCUCUUUAUGUUUAAAUACUUAGAAAGGUAAAAAUAGACCCCAUGCUCGGUUGGCUACAAUAUGUAACAAUGGUUUAUUUUUUGUGAAAUUUCAUUUCCGAUAAGUAGACUUUUAGCAUUGAAUUAACACUAUUUUAGUAGACAAAUAUUUAUUGUUUACCCGACUUUGAUGAUAACUGGAAUUGGAGCUCAAGUAUGUCGCAUGUAGUAUACUAUAUGUUCAAAUCUAGUAUAUAAACAUUUACACAACGGUAUAAACGUAAAUGUAUGUGUUUUGCUUUCUCAGUUAAUCGUUAGCAUUUACUAUGGCCAGUUUCUGUAUUCGUUGUUGGUGACAAUAACUCAUGUUGUUUCCAGAGAUACAUAUACCCAUUGUGACAGGUGCGUGAUCGAUGUUACUGGAUCAUUUAACAUAACAUGUAUUUUUGUGGCUUUUCAUUUUUUGUUCAGAGUUUUAUUAAUCCAUACAAUCUCGUAUUAUAGAACAUAAGGUCAUAUUCAGUGCACGUGUAUUUGCAUGUUUGUAUAUCUCUUCGAUGUGAAUGUAAGUUAACUGAAUUUAGUAAAUUACGACGACAAAAAUACAUUUGAAACAAAUGUUCUGUUUGAACAUUUCAAACAAAUAUUUUGAACUAUGGCGUGGAUUUUUUACAGUUUGUAUCGUAUGAUAAUGUGCAGUCGGUGUGCUUUUAACAAUAUUGUAAUAUCUGAUAUAAAUGUCGUCAUUUUUUCUAUCUUUUAUAUACUCGACUUGUUAGAACUUACUAAACAUCAUAGUUGAUAUGUGCUGUGUAAUGAUAGACCAGGAAAAACAACAUUUGGUUAUUUUUAAAUAUCAAUUCUUCAUAAUAGCAUCAGGAUUUCCUACACUGUCAAUUAAACUGUAUGUACCUAUAGACAAUACUCACGGAGUCCCCCAUACCGGUAACAAAAACAGGUACAAAACCUUACGAUAUUUUUAUGCUGCUAAAAGUGUCCAUCAUGUAUGUUUGUAUCAGUUCAACAUGUGCCUUAUAUUGACCGCUGGUGCCAAUGAUUGAAAUAAACAAUGUAACAACAUCAAA